AUGCUAAGUGCAAUUUCUAGAGUCUCCACUUUAAAAACAUGUGCAAGAUAUUUAGCCAAGUGCAACUAUCAUGCAUCAGCUAGAUUACUUGCUGCGAAGACAUUUUCAAUGCCUGCAAUGUCUCCUACUAUGGAGAAGGGGGGAAUAGUGUCUUGGAAAUACAAGGUUGGUGAACCAUUCAACGCAGGCGAUGUGAUACUGGAAGUGGAAACAGAUAAAUCUCAAAUUGAUGUGGAAGCACUGGACGAUGGUAAACUAGCCAAGAUCUUGAAAGAAGAAGGCUCUAAAGACGUUAAUGUUGGUGAACCUAUUGCUUAUAUUGCUGAUGUAGAUGAUGAUUUAGCUACCAUAAAGCUACCUCAAGAGACCAACACUGAAAAUCCGAAACCUACUGGAAAUAAGGAGUUAUCUCCAGAAAGUAAGAAGUCAUUCUCAGAAAAUGGCGAAGCAACACAGCAACAGUAUAAAAAAUCUACAGUUACAUCAAUGAAAAAAGUCGACGGUAGCCAAGCCAAUCUUGAACAGACGCUGUUACCAUCUGUGUCAUUACUACUGGCAGAGAAUGGUAUAUCCAAGCAAAAGGCUUUGAAGGAAAUCACGCCAUCUGGUUCCAACGGCAGGCUACUAAAAGGUGAUGUGCUAGCAUACCUAGGGAAAAUACCACAAGAUUCGGUUAACAAGAUAACAGAAUUCAUCAGGAAAAACGAACAUCUCGAUUUAUCGAACAUUGAACCUAUACAGCUCAAGCCGAAGAUAAACGAGCAAACUCAAAUAAAAGCUACCGACAAGCCAAAGAUCACUCCUGUACAAUUUGAAGAGCAAUUAGUGUUCCAUGCUCCUGCCUCUAUUCCGUUUGAGAAACUGCGUGAGUCAUUGAAUUCUUUCAUGAAAGAAGCUUACCAGUUCUCUCAUGAAACGCCACUAACAGAUACGAAUUCAAAAUACUUUGACCCCAUUUUCGAGGACCUUGUCACCUUGAACCCAAGAGAGCCAAGAUUUGAAUUUUCCUAUGAGUUGAUGCAAAUUCCCAGAGCUAAUAACAUGCAGGACACGUAUGGGCAAGAAGACAUAUUCGACCUCUUGACAGGUUCAGACGCGAGUACCUCGCCGGUGAAAUCCGCUGAAAAGGAUUUACCUGAAAAGAACGAAUAUAUAUUAACCUUGAAUGUCAGCGUCAACAACAAGAAGUUUAAUGACGCGGAGGCCAAGGCAGAAAGAUUCGUUGAUUACGUAAGGGAGUUAGAAUCGUUUUGA